AUGGACACCACGAGCGAAUUGCAGAUUUCCAGCGCGGAAUUAAAGAAACACAGCACGAGAAACGAUUGCUGGGUUGCUGUGCAUUCCAAGGUGUGGGAUCUCACCGACUUCUUGGAUGAACAUCCCGGAGGCGCCAAAAUUCUUCUCUCGGUGGCUGGUAAAAAUGCAACAUCUGAAUAUGACCAAGUACAUGCACCCGGAAUUAUAGAGGAGAAUUUACCAGCCGACAAAUUCAAAGGCGCUUACCUUGAAGCCAGCAGCGAUGUGCCGCCUCAAGGAGCUCUCGAAGAAGUCAAAGACUCGCGAGACCAGGACACAGCAGCGAUCUCAUCCGAGACCAAUAUUCCACCGCUCCAGUCGCUUUUGAGCGCAGCAGAUAUUGAAGAAGUUGCGAGCAGAAUACUUACACGGAAAACCUGGGCCUUCUACAGUAGCGCGGCAACCGACCUGGUUACGCAUCAUCAAAACAAGUCAUUUCUCAGGCGCAUAAUGCUCAAGCCUCGAGUGUUAAGAAAUGUCACGGAUACAGAUCAGACACGAUCGAUUUUGGGUCACAGGACAAGCGCCCCAUUCUUCAUCAGCCCAGCUGCGAUGGCACGAUUGGCACACAAGGACGGUGAGCUGGCAUUGGCAAAAGCGGCCGGCCAGGAAGAUAUUAUACAAUGUCUUGGCAUCAAGAUAUCAAACAAUGCAUCUUACCCCCUGUCAUCAAUUGUCCAAUGCGGCCACCAGCAACAACCAUUCUUCUUCCAGUUGUACGUCAACUCUGAGCGUCACAAAACAACAGAGAUCCUCCGGAAAGCGCGGAGCCUGGGGAUCAAAGCCAUAUUCGUGACAGUCGAUGCGCCAGUUCCGGGAAAACGCGAGGCGGACGAGCGUUUAGCUACAGAAACCGCAGUCCAGUCUGCCGUCAGCGGCGCCACAUCGAGCAACGACAAGAAAGGGGCAGGUCUGGGGCGGCUGAUGGCUCAGUAUAUCGACAAGUCGCUUACUUGGUCUGACCUGCCCUGGAUUAGAGGAGAGUCGGGUCUGCCAAUUGUGUUGAAGGGUGUCCAGAGCGUCGAAGACGCAAAGCUAGCCGUAGAAUACGGUGUUGAUGGCAUCCUUUUGAGCAACCACGGCGGUCGAUCUUUGGAUACUGCCCAGCCAGCUAUAUUGAACCUCCUCGAGCUCAGACUCAAGUGCCCUGAGAUUUUCUCAAAGCUUGAAGUCUAUGUCGACGGUGGUUUCGAGAGAGGAUCAGACAUCAUCAAAGCCAUUGCUCUUGGUGCAACUGCUGUCGGUAUCGGACGGCCGUUCCUCUAUUCCCUUGUAUACGGACAGCAAGGUGCUGAGCAUCUCAUCCAAAUUCUGAAAGACGAGAUUGAAGUCUCAAUGAAACUCUCUGGUUUGACGAGUCUGGACCAAGCAGGUCCGGAGCUGCUCAACACGGCGGACGUCGACCACCUGAUUCGAUCGGCCCAGAGGUUCCCUGCUUUGAAAGGGCGCCAAGAAAGAUCACGGCUGUAG